CCCACUGAAAUAUUACAAUCACGUGACAGUUGACGCACUCUGUUUACUAUCCCAUAUGAUGACCUUUAACUAGUGUAGAGAAAAAAACAAACCUAUAAAUUUUCUUUUAUAGAAUUUAACCUCUAAACUUAACCUCUCCAAAUUCUUCUAAUUUAUCUUUUUUGAGGAAUCAAAUAACAAUAAUUCUGUGGAGGUUAAGAUGCCUAUCGAGGGGGACAAAUUAUAAAAAAAGAACGUUUUUCCUCUUCUCUCCGACAUCCGAUCAUAUUGAUCAAUAUAAUCUUUCACUGGUUGAUACCGAUUUACACUAGCUGUUGACAGCUGUUGACAUCACGGAGAGAUAAUUUGUUUGCCAAAUUAACACCAUGAGUCUACAUUUGAAAAUAUUCUCGGGAGUAAGGAAGAGAUCGCAGAUACCAUCGCUGCAGGUGAUAAUAAGAAAUUAUAAUACUUGUCAGCAAUGUACUACAGAGAAAAAUCAUGGAUCUUCCAAAAAUACACGAGAUCCUACUACAUUAUACGCAAAAUGCGUCGCUGUUGCUGCAUCAGUCUUAGGUAUAUCCUAUUACUUCAAAUACAAACGAAAUGUUUAUGCUCUCAGUGCAACUCCAAAUGUGGAAUGUGGUCAGUUACGAAAGGAUAUGAAAACCUACACUCUGGAAGAAGUGGGAAGGCAUGACAGGAAAGAGAAUCGCAUUUGGGUUACUUUCAGGCAGGGUGUAUAUGACAUAACAGAAUUUGUCGAUAAGCAUCCAGGUGGUCCUUCAAAAAUUGUGAUGGCUGCAGGAGGAUCUAUCGAGCCUUUCUGGACCAUAUUUGCGAAUCACAAUACACCAGAGAUACAUUCACUGCUUGAAUCCAUGAGAAUUGGAAACAUAUCAGAGGAGGAUGCUGAAUCUAAUAAAAGUGAUUUGUUCGAUCCAUAUGCAAACGAACCCACUAGGCACAAAGCACUGAUGAUUAAUGGUAGUAAACCCUUUUGUGCAGAACCGUCACCGCCGCUAUUAGUUGAGAGCUUUCUCACGCCAGUUGAUUUUUUCUAUGUAAGAAAUCACUUACCUGUGCCACAAAUUGACAUCAACGAUUACACAUUAGAAUUAGCAGUAGAAGGCACAACCAAAAAGACUCUCGACUUUAAGGCGAUAACGAAGUAUGAGAGGCAAACGAUCACAGCAGCAGUGAUGUGUGGUGGAAACAGGCGUUCGGAGAUGUCAAAGGUAAAACAAUUGAAAGGGAUCAAUUGGAAUGUUGGCGCCGUUGGCAAUGCAUCUUGGACAGGUGCAAGACUGUGCGAUGUCUUAAAAGAUUUAGGCAUCAAUGAAGAGAAAUUUGAUCAUGUUCAGUUUGAAGGAUAUGAUCUGGACCCAUCUGGUACGCCAUAUGCGGCAAGCAUUCCCAUUUCUAAAGCUAUGGAUCCAAGAAGCGAUGUCAUCUUAGCUUAUGAAAUGAACGGUCAACCGUUGAGCAAGGAUCAUGGAUUUCCUGUUAGAGUAAUCGUUCCAGGUGUCGUUGGCGCGAGAAAUGUGAAAUGGCUGAGUAAAAUUAGCGUAUCAAAGGAGGAGAGUCAAUCUCAAUGGCAGCAGGGAGAUUAUAAAGGAUUUUCUCCGAGCACGAAUUGGGACAACGUAGAUUUCAGUAAAUCACCCGCAAUACAAGAAAUGCCUGUAAUAUCAGCUAUAUGCGAACCGCAAAAUUCAGAUGUUGUCGAAGUAAAAAAUGGAAAGAUUCAAGUAAAAGGUUACGCAUGGUCGGGCGGUGGUCGAAAGAUUAUUCGUAUCGAUAUCACAAAUGACAAAGGUAAGACGUGGCAUACAGCAGAUUUAAUAGAAGAUCUAAAGGCAAAACAAGGUCGAUACUGGAGUUGGACAUUGUGGAACGUAGAACUUCCUGUAGAUAAGAAUGUUAAUGAGGUUCAAAUCUGGGCGAAAGCGGUUGACUCUGCGUAUAACGUACAACCUGAAAACUUCAGUCACAUCUAUAACAUACGAGGAUUGUUAUGCAAUGCGUAUCAUAAAAUUAAAGUUCAGUUAAAGCAAUGAAAGAACACGGUCUUUGUUCAUCAUUGAUACAAAUCAUCUAUUUUGAGUCUUGUAAGUUAAAAAAGAAUUCAGUGCUCUCUAUCUUACAAGAAAUGAAUGAUAUUGUAUAUCAAAUAUAUUUAGAGAAAAAAAUUACGUUUAUAACAGCCUGUGCACGUACAAUCUUACCCGUGUGUUAGGAGUGUACAAGCUGAAAGAGACGAAAAACCAUGUUUAAAUUAACAAGAACGUGAGCAUAUAAAGGAUUAUACAUUUUUGUGUUUGUACUUGAUCACGGAUUUACGCUAAAUGAAAAUUAUUGUAUUCUAAAGAUCGUCAUAACUUUUACAUGUAUAUUCUUCUACGUUUCAAUUGGUUACAUUCAAGACUGUGAUAAAAAAAAUUUAUAAAAUUCUAUCUUAAAUUUUAAAUUUGGAACCGGUGAUUCCAAAUCGGACCGGAUGGAAACCAUGUAUUUCUAUUUUCCAUUGUAGUUCAACACAAGUUAGAGAUACAUUGAAAUAAUUUUUAGCAAAAAUAAAGAAAAUUUAAUUAUCUGAAAAUAAUACCUUCAGUUUAAUGAUCAGACUUUAUUUGCGUGUUAUAGAGAGCAAAAAUUGUAAAUAGAUUCGAUUUACCGUAUUCUUCUCUAUAAAUAAAAAUUAUUGUAUAUUAUAACAAAUCGAUAUUAUGAUAGCAAUAGUUAUAUACAAUUUUGUAAAAAAAAAAAUA